UCAAAUUGUGUGCUGUUGGGUUAUGUUUUUGAAUUACAAACAUUUUUGAUUUCAUUUUCAACUGUUCAUCAUAAAAGAUAUCAUGGUCUCAUAAAAUAAUUAACGUGUCGUACACAAUAUUGGUUAAUUUAACUUUAAGAUGGAAGAUUCGAUUUUGCAAUAUGAGAAAAUUGACUUUUUGGGCGAAGGACAGUUUGCAACAGUGUAUAAAGCUCGUGACGUAAAAACUGAUAAAAUCGUAGCAGUAAAGAAGAUCAAAAUUGGAUCUAGGUUAGAGGCUCAAGAUGGUAUCAAUCGUACUGCUUUGCGGGAAAUUAAGUUAUUACAAGAAUUACAACACGUGAACCUCAUUGGAUUGCUAGAUGUGUUUGGACAGAAAUCAAAUGUGUCCUUGGUUUUUGACUUUAUGGACACAGACUUAGAAAUAAUUGUUAAGGACAGCAACAUUAUUUUAACACCUGCAAAUGUUAAAGCAUACAUGAUAAUGACUUUAAAAGGUUUGGAAUACUUACAUCAAAACUGGAUAUUACACAGAGAUUUAAAACCAAACAACUUGUUGAUAAACAGAGAAGGAAUCCUGAAAAUAGGAGAUUUUGGAUUGGCAAAAGCAUUUGGAUCUCCCACAAGGAUCAACACACAUCAAGUUGUGACCAGAUGGUAUAGGUCACCAGAACUCUUGUUUGGAGCAAGGCAAUAUGGCACCGGUGUGGACAUGUGGGCAGUCGGUUGCAUCUUAGCUGAACUACUUCUCCGUGUGCCCUUUCUGCCUGGUGAAUCUGACUUGGAUCAGCUGACUCGAAUAUUCCAAGUUUUUGGAACCCCUACUGAGGAAGUUUGGCCUGGUGUCAAAACUUUAACAGACUAUGUGCAAUUUAAACCUUUUCCGGCGCAACAACUGCGGCACAUCUUCACAGCCGCCGCAGAUGAUCUGAUACUACUUCUAGAGAGUUUACUAGCGCUGUAUCCACCCAGCAGGUGUAAUUGUACACAAGCACUACAGAUGGCGUAUUUUAGCAAUAAGCCGGCUCCAUCUGUUGGAUCAAAGCUGCCGAUGCCAUCCAAUAUUUCCAAAGUGGAAUUAGAGAAGCCAUCACUCAAGAGGAAACUUCUGGACUCCAUUGACGGUGGAUCAUUGGCCAAGAGACUUCAAUUUUAAUAUGAUAAGCUAUGUAGAUAAUUUUUUUAUAUUUUCAUAAGUUUAUUGACACAAAACUAGUACAAUUGUAAGCGACAAUACGUUUGAUAAUUACAAAAGCCGGACUUUACUAUUGACUACUUCCGAUAUUUAGGUUUAAUUAAUGAAAUAAAAAAUAUUUUUAAAUGA